AUGGAAGGUGCGAUUCAUUCUGCAGAACAAACGUUAGAACAUCUGUUUAAUCCAAGUCUCGAACAGGAUAAACGUAUUCCCAUUGAUCUUCUCCAUGAAGCCAAGGGGUUAGCGUUUCUUACAGUUGUGAAGGCUGGUUUUAUCUGGACGGGCAAAGUAGGCACAGGUAUCGUCAUUUCAAAGCUUCUAGAUGGCCGUUGGUCAGCACCUAGUGCCAUUGGAACGGCAGGAUUGGGAUUUGGGGCCGAGAUGGGUGCGCAAAUGAUUGAGUUUAUGAUUAUUCUCAACUCGGAUAUUGCUGUAAAGAGUUUUAUGCAGAAGGGUCAACUCUCCGCUGGUGCUAAUUUGGAGUUUGCUGCUGGUCCCUAUGGGCGUGCGGCUGGUGCUAAUGCCAACUUUAGUGCCUCGGGCGUUGCCCCGAAUUAUACGUACAGUCAUAGCAAGGGUCUCUUUGGCGGCGUGGGUUUGCAGGGCUCGGGCAUUAUGGCUCGUUCUGACAUUAACAAGAAGUUUUAUGGUAGAGAGAUUACCCCCACGGAAAUCCUGACCGGAGCUGUGGACCAGCCUGCUGCUGCCUCGCAGCUGUAUGACGCGCUGCAGCGCGUUGCAAGCAUCCCGCCGUCAGGUAACGUGCAGAAUUUCAAGCAGAAGCUUAUGUCGCCCUUCACGGACCGCAUGCCUGCAGCUGCCGUUGGUCCAGAUGUUCAGGUCGUAUAUGACCGUGUGCUGCUUCUUAUCGAAAGCAUCUCGGGUCCUGACGGCGUAGACGAGUUCAAGACUAGCUGCAAGGACUACGGCCAGAACCGCUGCACGGACGAAGAGUUUGCUAACUAUUUGAACAACAAGUUUUCGACUGAGCAGACGCUGGACCUGGUGCCUGAGAUCGUUAAGCUUUUGCAGGACGCUAACAAGCGAAAAUACGUCUGGGAUUACUACAUUAAGGUGAAGUCAAAGCGCGGCUCGCAGCCCUGUUCGACUGCGCACGUGGCGUCACCUUCGCUUUUUUAA